AUGAGAAAAAGGGCCGAGCAGAUAGCGAGAACGGGUAAUAUCCUGAUGGAUAGUGACGCGAUAUGGCUGGUGAAGUAUCUGGCGUCGAAUCGAGAGUUCUGUCAGUCAUUUGAUAUGUAUUUGAAACAGAUUCUGAUGGGUAUUCAUAUCGAGGGUGCGGUCGGCUUGCGGACGAAGGCGAUGAGGUGCUUGACUCUGAUUAUUGAGUCGGAUCCGGAAGUGCUUAGAAUUCUGCAAAGUAUUUCAGCCAGAAGUGCAGAAAGCCGUGCAGCUGCGGAUGAUGGACUCGAAUGCGGCGGUGCGCGAGGCGNGCUGGUGGGCAAGUACGUGAUCGCGAGACCGGAUGUAUUGCCGCAGUACUACGAUAUAUUGAUUGAGAGGGUUAAGGUUGCAGUGCAAUUAAUUAGCAAUCCAGGUAAUCCAGGUAAUUAA